AUGCAUAUUCCAAUUUCACUCUCAAAUGCUUCCUCGCUCGUAGAGUUACUCCUAGCAGAUAAUCAUUUUAGUGGGCCAAUGCCAAGGUUCGGAGAGCUUUCAAAUCUUCGUUACUUGUUCGUCGCCGGAAACAUUAUUGAAGACGAUAUAGUUUUGUUUCGUCGCUCACGAAUUGCACGAGUUUACAAGCUUUCAAGGACGACUACUGGAGUGUUAAAAAACACGAGCGCAAUUUCUCUUGAAGGAAACAAAGAAUUGUGUGGAGGAAUUCUUGAGUUAGACCUUCCUCCUUGCACUUCAUCAAAGAAGAAAAACUUAUCAACUCAUCUCAAAAUCGGGAUCCCAGUAGUAGCUGGAGUUGCAGCAAUUCUAUGCUUCGUCGUUUUUAUUUACAAGAGGAGAACACCGGACAAAAAUAUGCCUUACGUACCUUCAUUCACCGGGAUCCCUUUCUUGAGCCUUUCGUACGCGGAUCUUCUAAAAGCGACGAGUGGGUUUGCCGAGACUAACUUGGCUAAAGGGAGUUUAGAUAAAUGGUUGUACUGCAUUAAUAGUGAACAAGAAGAAGGAGAAUUUAGAAAUCUUGAUUUGAUUGAGAGGCUCGGUAUUGCCAUUAAUGUUGCUCAUGCACUCGAAUAUCUUCAUUGUGGGAUUGAUUCAAUAAUAACUCAUGGUGAUUUGAAGCCGAGUAACAUUCUUUUGGAUGAAGAUAUGACGGCUUGCGUUGGUGAUUUUGAGUUAUCGAAGAUUACUUCAAGCAUACCCGAAAGCAGCAGCACAAUCGGAAUCCGGGAAUAUGGCAUGAGUAACUCGGUCUCAACAAAAGGGGAUGUAUACAGCUACCGUAUUCUCGUCUUGGAGAUGUUCACGAAUAGAAGACCGACCGAUGAUUCGCUUAGUGAAAAUGGUAAUCUUCACAAUUUCGUUAGCACUGCUUUGCCUAAUCGCUUAAUGGAAAUUGUGGAUCCUCUCAUUCGAAUGGGGCCGCACGUGAUCGAUAACGGUAAGCUCGAAGAUUGCAUGUGUUCUAUUAUGAGAAUCGGAGUGUCGUGUUCGACGGAAUUGCCGAGAGAAAGGAUGUUGAUGUCUGAUGUUGUUAGGGAAUUGCAUAGGAUUCAAAAAGAAUUGUGUAGCUGA